GGAAAAAUAGGAGGACGUCAGAGCAAUUCAUCUAAUUAUGGAGAUUGGGCCUGCGAGCAAAAAAUGAAAUAAGGAUGCAUCAAAGCCUAAUGUUCACGCACUUUCUCGUUUCUUCUUUCUGGUCUCUGAAAUCUCUGCGCUUUUGAUCUUUUUGAAGUAACAUUCAUCUCUUCCCUGGUCACCGAGCUUAGUAAACCAGGGUUUCCAUCUGUUUGAGCAGAAACUUGCUUUAUUGUAGCCAAAAUGUCGCGGAAAGGACUGAUGGAACAGGACUUGAGCAAGUUGGAUGUUACAAAAUUACAUCCGCUCUCUCCUGAAGUUAUUUCUCGCCAAGCAACAAUAAAUAUUGGUACUAUUGGUCAUGUGGCUCAUGGAAAGUCAACUGUUGUAAAAGCAAUAUCUGGUGUUCAGACUGUUCGGUUUAAGAAUGAGCUGGAGCGCAACAUUACCAUUAAGCUUGGAUAUGCUAAUGCAAAGAUAUACAAAUGUGAAGAUGAAAGAUGUCCUAGGCCCAUGUGCUACAAGGCAUAUGGCAGCGGUAAAGAAGACAGCCCUAUGUGUGAUGUUCCUGGGUUUGAGAAUUGCAGGAUGAAAUUGUUGAGACAUGUAUCAUUUGUUGAUUGCCCUGGUCAUGAUAUUCUCAUGGCUACAAUGCUUAAUGGGGCAGCAAUCAUGGAUGGAGCUUUACUUCUAAUAGCUGCAAAUGAAAGUUGUCCCCAACCUCAAACGUCAGAGCAUUUGGCUGCCGUUGAAAUAAUGCGGCUCCAACAUAUAAUAAUUCUCCAAAACAAGGUUGACCUUAUUCAGGAGAAUGUGGCAAUUAAUCAGCAUGAAGCAAUUUCGAAGUUCAUUCAGGGAACUGUUGCUGAUAGUGCACCAGUAAUACCAGUUUCUGCACAACUGAAGUACAAUAUUGAUGUUGUGUGUGAAUACAUUGUGAAAAAGAUCCCCAUUCCAGAAAGGAAUUUUAUUUCACCUCCUAACAUGAUCGUAAUCAGGUCCUUUGAUGUCAAUAAGCCUGGUUUUGAGGUUGAUGAAAUUAGAGGUGGUGUUGCUGGUGGAAGUAUUCUGAAAGGUGUUUUGAAGGUAAACCAAUUUAUUGAGGUCCGACCUGGGAUUGUUGUUAAGGAUGAGAAUGGAAACAUCAAAUGCACGCCAAUAUAUUCUAGAAUAGUUUCUUUGUAUGCCGAGCAAAAUGAGCUACAGUUUGCUGUACCUGGAGGUCUUAUUGGGGUUGGCACUACAAUGGACCCCACUUUGACUCGUGCUGAUAGAUUGGUUGGUCAGGUACUUGGUGAGGUUGGAUCACUUCCUGAAGUCUUUGUUGAACUAGAGGUUAACUUCUUCUUGUUGAGACGGCUUCUUGGGGUGAGGACAAAGGGAACAGAGAGGCAGGGGAAAGUCUCAAAGCUGGCAAAAGGCGAGAUCCUAAUGUUGAACAUAGGUUCUAUGUCUACAGGCGCCCGAGUAGUUGCUGUGAAGAAUGAUUUGGCAAAACUACAGCUUACAUCUCCAGUUUGCACCAGCAAAGGCGAAAAAAUAGCCCUAAGCAGGCGUGUCGAGAAGCACUGGCGUCUAAUCGGUUGGGGGCAGAUCCAGGCCGGUAUCACGCUCGACGUCCCUCCUUGCCCCAUUUGAGUGACGCUGCCAUAGCCGUGAAAGAAGAAUUUGAAAUUAAACUCAGAGAGAGAGAGGGAGAGAGAGUGUUGGGAAACAAUGUGGGUGGGAAGAGAACUGAUUGGUACAAUUUUUGUGAGGUGGAGAAGAAAACAAUGGUGCGGGCUUCGUUGUUUAUUGAUUUGUGAUGAUACUUUGUUUUGGGCUUCUAGCUUCUAAAAUUUUGCAGUGUGGGUGCAUGUAAUUUGCUAGUGUUGUGUUGUUGGGAAUGAUUGAUUGUGAUUCAUCUGUUUCGUCCGUGGAAAUGCAAAGACCACGAAUUUUGUCCUGGUGCUA